UGAUACAGCUGCGAUUUGCUCGUUUACAUUUUUAUACAACACCAUUACAUUUGCAAAUGUAGCACGGGCGCGCAUCAAAAUGAUGUUUUAUCGUCGGAAAAUGAAUAAAUAAGAGUGAAUAAAAUUCCGAAUAAGGGAAAUCGGUGGCCAUCAAAAUGACGCACGAGGACUCGUGGGAAAUUGUGAAACAGGCGGCUGAGAAAAACAGGCAUGAAUUGGUGCUGUCAGGCGCGUCGGUGUCCAAACUGAUCGAGACGUCCGGCUUGGACGAGAACCUGUUCGACCUCCACAACCUGAAUUAUCUCAGCAUAACGCACACGUGUCUUCGGGAGGUGCCGGACGAGAUCGAGAGGCUGGCGAAUCUCACGACCUUGGUGCUGCACUCGAACGAGAUCGCCGCGUUGCCGAGCGCGAUCGCCAAGCUCGCCAAGCUGAAGGUGCUCGAUUGCUCGAGGAACAAGCUGGCCUCGCUGCCGCAGGAGCUCGGCAGCCAUCCUCAGCUCAGCACGAUAAAUCUCGCCUCGAACCUCCUGCGAAACGUACCGUCGUGUAGCUCGUGCACGAAACUGAGCAUCCUAGACCUGUCGAACAAUCAGCUCGAGGCCUUCCCCGACGUUUGUCAUGCGGAACUCGCACAUCUCUCCGAGGUACACGUCAACGGGAAUCGGAUCACGGAGAUUCCAAUUACCAUAAACCGACUGCAGGGACUGAAGGUCUUAAACCUGGCUGAUAACUUAAUUUCUGUUGUACCAAGUGAAUUAGCAGAUUGUAGUAAACUGAAGGAAGUGUACCUGAAAGGAAAUAAAUUGUCGGACAGGAGGCUGACCAAAUUGAUCAAUCAAUGUACCACGAAGCAAGUACUCGAUUACGUGAAGCUGCACUGCCCAAGGAGCGAGUCGUCCACGACAGAAGUUAAUACGUCGAAAAAGGGAAAGAGGGGCCAGAAAGUUUCCGAGAGUGAGAGCGCGGUGGAGAGCUUGACGCACAAAUUGAGAGUCUUGAAGGUGGUAGACGACGUGCCGGUGAUAAAACUUAUGGAAAAUGUAAAGAGUAUCAGGCCUUACAUAGCUGCGUGUAUCGUGAAAAAUAUGAGCUUCACGGAGGAGAGUUUCAAAAAGUUUAUUCAACUGCAAACGAGAUUGCACGAUGGGAUAUGCGAGAAGAGGAAUGCGGCUACGAUAGCCACUCACGAUUUGAAACUCGUCGCGCCUGGACACCUCACGUAUACAGCGAUGCUACCCACGGAAUUGGAGAUAAAACCUUUAAUGCACAGCAAGACGUACACGGGCGCGGAUCUGUUCCAGAAGUUGCAAACGGAAGCGGAGAAUCUGCGUAAGGAGAAGAAACGGAACGUUUACUCCGGGAUACACAAGUAUCUCUAUAUGCUGGAGGGCAAACCGUCGUUCCCAUGCCUGUUGGAUCAGUCGCAGCGAGUUAUUUCGUUUCCGCCCAUCACGAACAGUGACGUGACGAAAAUGUCUCUAGACACCCAGACAAUGCUCGUGGAGGUAACGAGCGCGUUGUCGUUCACAAUUUGCAGGAAUGUGCUGGAUCAAUUCCUGAAAGACUUAAUCGUCUCAGGUCUCGCCGAAUCCGCAGAACCGAAGGACACGGACAACAAGUACAACAAUUUAAUAGUUCAACAAGUCAAAGUAGUCGACGCCGAAGGGAACCUAAAAUUAGUAUAUCCCUCAAGAGCGGAUUUGAAUUUUAGCGAACAGCUCGUCGCGGUGUCACGAGAAUAAAAAGAACAGC